CCGGGCGCUCUGCGGCGCGCACCGGGCCCGGAUGCUGCGGGAGGCGGCGCCGGGACGUUAAACUCCCCGAUGGCCAACGGAGCAGCCGAGCUGGAUAACAUGGAGGUGCAGCUGCAGAACAACAAUACGCGCUGGGAGAACAUGGACAACCAGGCCUGGGAUGACACCACGGCCACCGCCAAGCUGUUUGAGUGCUCCCGCAUCAAAGCACUCGCUGAUGAGCGCGAGGCCGUGCAGAAGAAAACCUUCAGCAAGUGGGUGAACUCGCACCUGGCCCAGGUGUCCUGCCGCAUCAGCGACCUCUACGCCGACCUCCGCGACGGCUACAUGCUGACCAAGCUGCUGGAGGUGCUGUCCGGGGAGCAGCUGCCCAAGCCGACACGCGGGCGUAUGCGGAUCCACUCUCUGGAGAACGUGGACAAAGCCCUGCAGUUCCUGAAGGAGCAGCGGGUGCACCUGGAGAACGUCGGCUCGCACGACAUCGUGGAUGGGAACCACCGCCUGACGCUGGGGCUCAUCUGGACCAUCAUCCUGCGGUUCCAGAUCCAGGUGAUUAAAAUCGAGACAGAAGACAACAGGGAGACCCGCUCGGCCAAGGACGCGCUGCUGCUCUGGUGCCAGAUGAAGACAGCAGGGUACCCGGAAGUGAAUAUCCAGAACUUCACCACCAGCUGGAGAGACGGGCUGGCCUUCAACGCCCUGAUUCACCGGCACAGGCCAGAGAUCAUCGACUUCAGCAAACUCAGCAAAUCCAACGCUACUUACAACCUGCAGCAGGCCUUCAACGUGGCUGAGCAGCAGCUGGGCCUGACCAAGCUGCUGGACCCGGAAGACGUGAACAUGGAGAGCCCGGACGAGAAGUCCAUCAUCACCUAUGUGGUCUCUUUCUACCACUACUUCUCCAAAAUGAAGGCCCUCGCAGUGGAGGGGAAGAGGAUUGGGAAGGUGCUGGACCAGGCGGUGGAGAUCGAGAAGCUCAUGGAGCGGUACGAGCUGCUGGCGGCCGAGCUGCUGGCGUGGAUCGAGCGCACCGUCGGCAUCAUCAGCAACCAGAAAUUCGCCAACUCCCUGGCCGGGGUGCAGCAGCAGCUCCAGGCCUUCACCACCUUCUGCACCCUGGAGAAGCCGGUCAAGUUCCAGGAGAAGGGGAACCUGGAGGUCCGGCUGUUCAGCAUCCAGAGCAGGCUGCGCGCCCAGGGCCGCAAACUCUACGUGCCCAGCGAGGGCCGGGGCAUCGCGGACAUCAACAAGGCCUGGACCCGGCUGGAGAGGGUGGAGCACAAGCAGGAGGUGUCGCUGCACAAUGAGCUCAUCCGGCAGGAGAAGCUGGAGCUGCUGGCCCAGCGCUUCGACCACAAGGCCGGCAUGCGGGAGGCCUGGCUCGGCGAGAACCAGCGGCUGGUGGCGCAGGACAACUUCGGCUACGACCUGCCGGCGGUGGAGGCGGCCAUGAAGAAGCACGAGGCCAUUGAGGCGGACGUCUCGUCCUACAAGGAGCGCAUCCAGGUGGUGGUGGAGCUGGCGCUGGCCCUGGAAGCCGAGGGUUACUACGACGUGCGGCGCGUCAGCGCCCAGAAGGGCAGCAUCCUGCGCCAGUGGGGGCUGCUGACCGAGCUGGUGGCUGCCCGGAGGGCCCGCCUGGAGCAGAGCCUGGCCCUGCAGAUCAUCUUCCAGGAGAUGGUUUACAUGAUCGACUGGAUGGAGGAGAUGCAGGCCCCGCUGCUGUCGAGGGAGGUGGGGAAGCACCUGCUGGAGGUGGAGGACCUGCUGCAGAAACACGCCUUGCUGGAGGCCGACGUGGCUGCCCAGAACGAGCGGGUGCAGGCGCUCAACCAGGCCGCCCUGAAGUUCUGCGAGCUGGAGGGUUACCAGCCCUGCGACCCCCAGAUCAUCCGCAACCGUGUGACCCACGUGCAGACGUGCCUGGAGGAGCUGUGCCAGCGGGCGGCCCAGCGGCGCACGGAGCUGGAGGCCUCCCGCCAGCUAUGGGCCUUCUUCCAGGAGCUGGAGGAGGCGGAGGCCUGGGUGCGGGAGAAGGAGCAGAUCCUGGCCUCCAAGCCGUGCGGCAAGGACCUGAGCAGCGUGCUGCAGCUGAGCGGGCAGCACAAGCUGAUGCUGGGGGAGCUGGGCGGGCGCCGGGCCCUGCUGCACCAGGCCGUGAAGAAGGGGGCGCAGCUGCUGGCCACCCAGCGCCCCGGCGCGGCCCAGCUGCAGGAGAAGCUGCGGGAGGUGCAGCAGCGCUGGAAGAACCUGGAGGAGGUGACGGGAACGCACCAGCAGAAGCUGCAGGAGGCUCUGAGCUUCUACCAGUUCAGUGCGGAGACGGACGACCUGCUGGCCUGGCUGCAGGACACCUACCGCCUGGCCUCCAGCGACGACUUCGGGCACGACGAGUACUCCAGCCAGGCGCUGCUCCGCAAGCACGCGGCCAUGGUGCACGAGCUGGAGCGGCACCGGGCGCCCGUGCUGGCCCUGCGCGCCCAGCUGGCCCGGCUGGCCCCCCAGCACCACCAGGUGCUGGACGUGCAGAUCCGCAUCGUGGAGGUGGAGCAGCUCUACGGGGAGGUGGCCGAGGUGGCCGUGCUGCGGCACCAGUGGCUGCAGGACGCCCUGGCCGUGUACCGCAUGUUCGGCGAGGUCCGCGCCUGCGAGGGCUGGCUGGACGAGAAGGAGCAGUGGCUCUCCGGGAUGCACGUGCCACAGGAGCUGGAGGACGUGGAAGUGGUGCAGCACAGGUUUGAGAGCCUGGACCAGGAGAUGAACAGCGUCAUGGGGCGCAUCCUGGACGUGAAUGAGACCGUGCAGCAGCUGGUGGAGGGGGACCACCCCAGCGCAUCCGAGGUGCAGUUGUGUCGGGACCACCUGAACGGCAGGUGGAACCGGGUGGUGGAGCUCGUGGAGCAGAGGAAGGAGCAUCUCAGCUCCGUGCUGAGGAUCCAGAACUACCUGCUGGAGUGCACCGAGAUCAAGGCGCAGGUCCGGGAGAAGCGCCGCGCUGUGGAGUCCAGCCAGUACAGCAGCGGUGACCUGGGUGGUGUCCUGGCCUUGCAGCGCAAACUCUCCGCCAUGGAGGCUGUCCUGGUGGUGCUGGAGCCCAAGCUCCUUGAGCUGCAGCAGGAAGGGGAGGCCUUGGCCACCGCCCACCCGGCCCAGGCGCUAACCGUCCUGCUGCACUUCGAGGAGAUCAGUGAGGAGUGGGAGGCCUUGAAGAGGACCCUGCAGGGCUGUGAGGACUCGCUGUCCGUGGCCAGCCGGCUGCAGCAGUUCAUCCAGGACCUGGACAACUUCCUGACCUGGCUGGUGAAGACCCAGGCGGCCGUGGCCUCGGAAGAGCUUCCCAGCAACCUGGUGGGGGCCGAGCGGCUGCUGAGCCAGCACGCGGCCCUCAAGGAGGAAAUCGACCGCUACGAGGAGGACUACACCAAGAUCCAGGCGGCCAGCGACCUGCUGGCCCCGGAGGAGGCCGACGUCCCCUGCCUCUCGCUCCAGCAGUGGCUGCAGAAGCUGGACAUGGGCUGGACCAAGCUGCUGCAGAUGUGGGAGAGCCGGCGGGAGGCGCUGGUGCAGGCGCAUAUCUUCCAGCUUUUCCUGAGGGACGUGCAGCAGGCUGAGACGUGUCUCUACAACCAGGCGUCCACCCUGGCCCACGCGGAGCUGCCCACCACGGUGGAGGCGGCGGAGAAGGCCAUCAGGAAGCACAGGGAUUUCAUAACAACCAUGGAGCUGAGCGUGCCGAAGACGACGCUGGCUCUGCGGGCUGGGGAGAGCCUGGUGCGCCAGGGCAGCCCGUACAGUGAGCGCGCCCAGGAGGAGAUGGCAGCGCUCAGAGACAAGAGCCACCGGAACUUCCAGCUGGCCCAGGAGCGGAUGCAGCAGCUGAACGAUCACUUGGAUCUGCAGCGUUUCUUGCAGAACUGUCAUGAGCUCGCCGGCUGGAUGGGGGAGCAGCGGCUCAUGGCCGGGGACCAGGCGGCCAAGCCCCACGCGCGCUGGCUGCGGCACCAGGCGCUCCGGGCCGAGCUGGCGCAGAACCGCGACUGGCUGGACAAGAUCGAGCAGGAAGGCCAGCAGCUCAUGGAGGAGAAGCCGGAGCUGGCCGGCUCGGUGAAGAAGCAGCUGGAGGAGAUCCGGCAGUGCUGGGUGGAGCUCGAGGGCACGUCACAGGCCAGGGCCCAGCAGCUCUUCGAGGCCAGCAAGGCAGAGCAGCUCGUGCAGAGCUACGCAGACCUGGACAAGAGGCUGGUGAACAUGGAGGGGCAGCUGCAGGCUGUGGAUGCUGGCGCCAGCCUGGCCACCGUCAACAACCAGCUGAAGAAACUCCAGACGAUGGAGUCGCAGAUGGAGGAGUGGUACAAAGAGGCCGGGCAGCUCCAGGUGCAGCUGGCCUCCCUGCCCCUGGAGCCAGCCAGCAAGGAGGCGGUGGAUGAGAAGCAGACCGCGGUGGGGACGCGGAUUGUCCGCCUCAUCGAGCCCCUGAAGGAGAGGAGGAGGAUCCUGCUGGCUUCCAAGGAGAUGCAUCAGGUCUGCCACGACCUGGAGGAUGAGAUUAGCUGGGUCCAGGACCGGCUGCCGCUCGUCACUUUGCGAGAUCCUGGGAGCAACCUGCAGGCCGUGCAGCACUUCAUCAAGAAGAACCAGAACCUGCGGCGUGAGCUGCAGGUGCACCAGCCCCGGGUGGCCGAGGUGCUGGAGCGGGCGGCCGCCCUCACCUCCAUGAAGAUCCCCGAGGUGGCCGGGGUGCAGCUGCUGCUGGAGAAGCUGCGGGAGCUGUGGGAGGCGCUGCAGGAGCAGACGGAGCAGCGCCAGCACCUGCUGGACGCCACCUACCAGGUGGAGCAAUAUUACUUCGACGUGGGCGAGGUGGAGGCCUGGCUCAGCGAGCAGGAGCUGCUGCUGAUGAACGAGGAGAAGGGCAAGGACGAGCAGAGCACCCUGCAGCUGCUGAAGAAGCACCUGCUGCUGGAGCAGAGCAUUGAGAACUACGAGGAGACGGUCGCCCAGCUGUCCCGCCAGUGCCGCGCCCUGCUGGAGCUGGGCCACCCAGACAGUGAACAGAUAAGUAGGCGGCAGUCUCAGGCUGACCGGCUCUACGUGUCUCUGAAGGACCUGGCGGAGGAGCGCAAGGCCGGGCUGGAGCAGCAGUACUGGCUCUACCAGCUCAGCCGCGAGGUGGACGACCUGGAGCACUGGAUCGCCGAGAAGGAAGUGGUGGCCGGGUCGCCGGAGCUGGGCCAGGACUUCGAGCACGUCACGCUGCUGCAGGAGAAGUUCACGGCAUUCGCCAGCGAGACGGGCAGCGUGGGCAACGAUCGGCUCGCGGCCGUGAACCAGAUGGUGGACGAGCUGAUCGACUGCGGGCACGUGGACGCGGCCACCAUCGCGGAGUGGAAGGACGGGGUGAACGAGGCCUGGGCCGACCUGCUGGAGCUGAUGGAGACGCGGGCCCAGAUGCUGGCCGCCUCCCACGAGCUGCACAAGUUCUUCAGUGACUGCAAGGACCUGCUGGCCCAGAUCGAGGAGAAGAAGCAGCGGCUGCCGGAGGUCGCGGCUCGUGAGUCCCGCAGCUCCGCCGGGGCCCUGCAGCGGGUGCUCAGCUCCUUCGAGCACGACGUGCAGGUGCUGGUGAGCCAGGUGCGGCAGCUGCAGGAGGGGGCGGCCCAGCUGCGGACAGUGUAUGCCGGGGAGAACGCCGAUGCCAUCGCCACCCAGGAGCAGGACGUGCUGCGGGCGUGGAAGGAGCUGCUGGGCUCAUGCGAGGCGUGCCGGCUGCAGAUCACCACCACCACGGACAAGAUGCACUUCACCAACAUGGUGCGCGACCUCGUCUCCUGGAUGGACGACGUCAUCUGCCAGAUCGGCACUGGCGAGAAGCCCAGGGACGUGUCCUCCGUGGAAGUGCUGAUGAACUAUCACCAGGGGCUGAAGAGCGAGAUCGAAGCCCGGAGCCAAAGCAUCGCGGCCUGCGUGGAGCUGGGCAAGACUCUGGUGCUCAACAGAAGCCCCGUGGCCGAGGAGAUCAGGGGCCACCUGGACAGGCUGAUGGCCAAGAAGAAGGACCUGAGUGACACGUGGGAUAAGCACUGGGAGUGGCUGCAGCAAAUGCUGGAAGUGCACCAGUUUGCACAGGAGGCCGUGGUGGCCGAUGCCUGGCUCACCGCCCAGGAGCCCCUGCUGAGGAGCCGCGAGCUGGGCAGCAGCGUGGACGAGGUGGAGCAGCUGAUCCGGCGCCACGAGGCCUUUCGCAAGGCGGCUGCCACCUGGGAGGAGAGAUUCAGCUCCCUGCGGCGCCUCACCACGCUGGAGAAGCUGAAGGCCGAGCAGAGCAAGCAGCCGGCCACACCACUCCUGGGCCGCAAAUUCUUGGGGGAGCCCAGCGAGCCAGGCCUCAAGGGCCCCUCACUGCUGCGCCAGGCCGAGGCAAAGCUGGAGCGUCAGGACCUGCUGCGGGGCCGGCCCCAGGCUCCGGCCCUCCCCAGCGGGGGCCCGGGGGAGCCCGCAGAGCCGCUGGAGCUCAGGGUGGCCUACGUGCGGCAGGAGAUGAAGCCGGAGCGGCUGCAGCCCCAGCUUGACCGCGUGCAGGAGGGCCUGGCCGCUGGCUCCGAGAGGCUCAGGGAGGCUAAGGUGGCAGCUGAGGAGACGCUGGAGGCCAAGCCAAGCCAGCACCUGCAAGUGCCUGCAGCAGGCCCGGUGCUGGCGGAGCCGGCCCAGGUCAGCCGGGCCGAGACACAGCCGGAGCAGCCGCGGGAGCGGCGCCUGGAGCCCAGCGAGCAGGAGACGCCGCGCCACGAGCAGACGGAGAGGCGCCGGGAGCGCCGGGAGCGGCGGCUGGAGCGGCAGGAGUCCAGCGAGCAGGAGACGCCGCGCCACGAGCAGGCGGAGAGGCGCCGGGAGCGGCACGAGCGGCGGCUGGAGCGGCAGGAGUCCAGCGAGCAGGAGACGCCGCGCCACGAGCCCAAAGGGGGCGGCAAGACCACGCUGGCGGAUAUUGUGGAGCAGCUGCAGGAGAAGGAGUCGACCGCGCAGGUGCCGGCCCUGCCCCGCGACUCCCCCGCUCGCCUUCCCAACGGCCUCGACCUGCUGCCCGAGAGGACGCCGCGCCCGGACCGGCCGCGGGCCCGGGACAGGCCCAAGCCCAGGAGGAGGCCGCGGCCCAGGGACCCCAGCCAGCCCCCGGGGGAGAGCCGCAGGUCCCGCUCGGCACCAGCCCAGAGCAGCGCCCCGCCCCCCCCGCCCCCCACCCACACCGUCCAGCUGGAGGGCUUUCUCUUCCGGAAGCACGAGCUGGAGGCGCCCAACAGGAAGGCCUCCAACAGGUCCUGGGUAAACCUGUACUGUGUGCUGAGCAGAGGGGAGCUGGGCUUCUACAAGGAUGCCAAGGGGCAGGCGUCGGGCAGCACCCACGGUGGGGAGCCGCCACUCCCCCUGCACCAGGCCACCAGCCACGUGGCCACUGACUACAAGAAGAAAAAGAACGUCUUCAAGGUCAAGACUAGCGAUGGGAACGAGUUCCUGCUGCAGGCCAAGGACGAGGAGGAGAUGAAGAAGUGGCUCCAGGCGCUGGCUGCCUCCACCGAGGAGCACGCUGAGAUCGCCCGCUGGAGCCAGGCUCUGCUCACCACCUCCUCCACCGACGAAGGCAACCCCCGGCGGGAGGGCGACCGGCGGGCCAGCACGUCCGGCAGGAGGAAGUGAGGUGGCCGGGCAGUGCUAGGGCACAGUGCCGGGGCAGAGAGGAGCCACGCCGCCCCAUGGUCUGCACGUCCCUCCGUGCCAGGCGCCGAGCCAGCCCCUCCGUCUGCGCAUGUCCCGGACGCGGUGCCCCCGCCCGCCUGCUGCAGGAGGCUGUGCCCAAGCAGGGCCCACGGGGAGAGGGGAGCCCGGGCACUGGAAGGACGCCAGCACCACUCUGUUGGCCGUUCGGUGCCAGGAGACCAGCCGGGGACAGCCGGCCCGGCUCCUCGCCACGGGGGAUGAUAUAGGCAGAACCGGCACCAUGUGGGGCUGGGAGGGAAACUCCACCGGACUCAGAGACUGUGCAGUGGGGAAGGGCCUCGGCCACUUCAUUUCAUCCCCUGGGGGGACGCAGGAACCUCCCCCCCCCCAAGGGUGCAGGCCCAGAGAGGGGCGGGCAGUCCUGGUCGCUCCCCGGGCUGGGAAGCCGAGGGUGUUUCAGGGCGGGGGAGGGGGUGCUUUUUGGGCACACGCUCCCAGGGGAGUUAAGCAUUUUGGGUCAUUCACAUAAGAACCAGGCACCUGGCCCUCGCUCAGCCCACUAUGGACGUGGGCCCAUUGCACGUUCACCAGAUUCUGAGCACAGGCAGCUCUGAGUUUCCACGGCUCUUGGGGCCUGUCGCACAGGGGCCAGGUUCGGAGCACGCGCAGCACUGUGUUUCCACAGCUCUCGGGCCCGUCGCACGUUUGCCAAGUUCUGAGCACACGCAGCGCUGAGUUUCCACGGUUCUCAGGGCCUGUUGCACGGGGGGCAGGUUCUGAGCACACGCAGUGCUGGGUUUCCACGGCUCUUGGGGCCUGUCGCACGGGACGCCAGGUUCCAAGCACACACAGCGCUGGGUUUCCAUGGCUCUCGGGGCCCGUCGCACGGGGGGCUGGGUUCCAAGCACGCGCAGCGCUGGGUUUCCACAGCACUCGGGGCCUGUCGCAUGGGGGCUGGGUUCUGAGCACACGCAGCGCUGGGUUUCCACAGCUCUUGGGGCCUGUUGUACGGGGACCAGGUUCCACCACACGCAGCGCUUAGUUUCCAUGCCUCUCAGGGCCUGUCGCACGGGGGCUGGGUUCCAAGCACACGCAGCGCUGGGUUUUCACGGCUCUUGGGGCCUGUCACACGGGGCGCCAGGUUCCAAGCACACACAGCGCUGGGUUUCCAUGGCUCUCGGGGCCCAUCGCACGGGGGGCUGGGUUCCAAGCACGCGCAGCGCUGGGUUUCCACAGCACUCGGGGCCUGUCGCAUGGGGGCUGGGUUCUGAGCACACGCAGCGCUGGGUUUUCACGGCUCUUGGGGCCUGUUGCACGAGGGGCCGGGUUCCAAGCACACACACCGCUGGGUUUCCAUGGCUCUUGGGGCCUGUCGCAUGGGGGCUGGGUUCUGAGCACACGCAGCGCUGGGUUUUCACGGCUCUUGGGGCCUGUUGCACGGGGGGUGGGUUCUGAGCACAUGCAUUGCUGGGUUUCCACGGCUCUUGGGGCCCGUCGCGUGGGGGGGCUGGGUUCCAAGCACACGCAGCGCUGGGUUUGCACAGCUCUCGGGGCCUGUCGCACAGGGGCUGGGUUCCGAGCACACGCAGAACUGGGUUUUCACGGCUCUUGGGGCCUGUUGCACGAGGGGUGGUUUCUGAGCACAUGCAUUGCUGGGUUUCCAUGGCUCUUGGGGCCCGUCGCAUGGGGGGCCGGGUUCCAAGCACACGCAGCGCUGGGUUUGCACAGCUCUUGGGGCCUGUCGCAUGGGGGGCCGGGUUCCAAGCACACGCAGCGCUGGGUUUGCACAGCUCUCGGGGCCCGUUGCAUGGGGGGCCGGGUUCCAAGCACACGCAGCGCUGGGUUUGCACAGCUCUUGGGGCCUGUCGCAGGGGGGCCGGGUUCCGAGCACACACAGCGCUGGGUUUGCACAGCUCUUGGGGCCUGUUGCACGGGGGCUGGGUUCCAAGCACACGCAGCGCUGGGUUUUCACGGCUCUUGGGGCCUGUUGCACGGGGGGUGGUUUCCGAGCACAUGCAUUGCUGGGUUUCCAUGGCUCUCGGGGCCCGUCGCACAGGGGCUGGGUUCCGAGCACACGCAGCGCUGGGUUUGCACAGCUCUCGGGGCCUGUCGCACAGGGGCUGGGUUCUGAGCACACGCAGCGCUGGGUUUGCACAGCUCUUGGGGCCCGUCGCACAGGGGUGAGUUCCAAACACACGCAGUGCUGGGUUCCCAGGGCUCAGGGCCCGUUCACCCUUGGCAGGCCGAGCUUAGGUAGGUCACACCUGAGCCUUGGGUGGGAGGAGAUGGAAAUGGUUGGGGGUGGUGCUGACCGAUAUGAGGAGAUUCUGCUGCAGCCAGUGGGGCUCCUGUUUACCCCAGCAAUGGAUUUGGCCCACGCCUUGGGAUUUGGGGAGGGAAGGGGGCAGGGCUGGUGUCAGCCUUCAGGUCCAUGUAGUGAUGUGCUGGCCCCUCAAUGCCCAGCCAAGGACCUCACGCAGCCGGGGAUCGUGGGGAAGGGGGCUGAGUUUGGGGUUGGGUCCUUCCCAGUGGUCCUGGCUGGCCCAGCCUGCGCCAGGACCAAUGUGCCCAGGCCCGUCGCUGGCAGGCAGCUCUCCGUUCUGACACCACCUCUCCGCUGUCUCCUUGGCAGCGCCCGCUGCUCCAGAUGGGGCAGGUGUUUGGAGAGAGAGUCCUGCCCCUGGCCUGGUCUGUCUCGCUGCUGCCCUGUGCUUGGCAUCUCGUCCCCUGGGGGAACAGGCUGUCCUGACACUCGCAGAGCCCCUGGCCCUGACGCUACUGAAGGGUAUCUGAGGCUCCCCCCCAGCAAGCCCCUGGUUCCACCUCCCACUCGUGCAUCCCCUUGCACAUCAGCUCUCGUGCACGCACGUCCGUGCAUGCUCACGUUUCAGCAUCCCGGGCCUGCUGGUCCCACCUCUGCUCCAUGGGUCAGAAGAGCAUCGGCAGCGCUUGGCUGGAUCCCCCAAGUCCUGCGGCACCAGGGCCCCGAGGGCUGCCGGGGUUUCAUUGCCAUCCUGGGAAGUUGGACACGCGACUGGCGGCGUCUACGCUCUCUGCAGCGGCAGUGGGGAGAGGUCGGCCCCAGCCUUGGGCCAGGCCUCUCGCAAAGGGAGCCGGGCCCUGCCACCCAACCAGGAGCCGCCUGUGCUCGCCCCAUGGGCAGGGGCUGGCGGCUGGAGUGUUUGCACAGCAAAGGGUGGAGCUGCUGGGGCCAGGGCCUCUGUACCCCCCAGGGCCCGUUCAGCCAUCUGCCCCCGAGCCCACCUGCGUGUGUCGGGUUUGUGCCCAAGCCCGUGCACAGGGGGAUGGUCUCAUGGGGGUGCAGCCGCUGGCCCCUCUCCACAUGUCCCCCCUGACCAGGAGCCCUCACCCGGUGGAAAUCCUGUCCACUGGGGUAGGCAGCAGCCCCCCAGCCCCUGCACCUUCAAGCCCCGGGAGAUCGGGACCGGCCCUUGGCCCAGGCGGGAGUUCAGAGGUCCCGGCUGCUGUGGACUGGGCUCCGGUGCCACUAACAAGCCAUAGUGUGGGCUUUGCACGUGUGUGAGCAGCCUGGCCCCCAGCCUGCGGCCUGCCAGGCAUGGGUGGGGCCCAGCAGGACGAGCCAGGGGGGAGGGUCUCCUCCCACAUCUUUAUGCAAUAAAUGGGCGGGGGGGGGAGGCUCUGGGGUAGGGGGCAGCUGGUUCUUGCCCAAAGCAGCCACAGUUGCAGCUGGGCAGAGCCGGACUGGGCCCUGGGGGGGGCUGAGCAGGGAUCAGGCCCAUGGGCCGAUUGCUUCAGGAAUCCGACUCCGGAUUCAGGCCCCUGGAGAGGAAAGCACCAGGAAUGGCUCCAAGGAGCUGCCCCUGCAGGUUGCUGGCCUGGGGCAAGAGCCCCCCGUCUCCAUCAGAGCCCGGAUGGACGCUGAGCAGACACUCCAUUGGGAGUUGCCCCAGCGCUAGCCAAAGCUGCCUUGCCGGGUUCCCAGCCUUUGGGAUGUAGCCUGGGGCAGGGGCCAACGUGGGGGUAGAGAACCAGGUGUCUUCCAAAAGAAACAGAUGUGGAGUGGGCAAGACCCCAGCUGGCCACGUGGCGGGUGUGGAACCAGCAUUUCCUCCUUCUGGUGGCACCUGCCACCAUCUCUGGGGCUGGUUCUUCAGACAGAGCAGAGCCGGGCCGCUCGGAUCCAGGGGUCCAGUUCUCCAGCACCCUGUGCUGCCGGUCGGGACCAUUUCCCACCGGCUCUGCCCUCAAGGCUCCCCCAGUGUUCCCCAGCCUCCAGGAGAACGUCCAACCACCGUGCAAACCGCCCUCGGUUUUGUGUUACCCCCCAGCCACCCCGUUUUAUACCCACAGCCUCCCUGUAAUAAUGUGGGAGAAAAUCAAGAUGAAGCCACUUCCCUGCCCCAGAGCCGUGCCCACCUUUGGUUUCCCCACCUGGCCGUGGCCCCAGCUUUCUCUUUCGGGUCUGGGAGCGUGUACCAUAGUGUAAUUUCUCUAAAUAAUGUUUCUCCUCCUGUAUAAAGAAAAUCUUCCUGAGAAUCAG